AUGGCUAAUAAUAAUAGAAUUUUUGUUGGCACAUUCGCCGAAUCCACUUCUUUAACUAACUUUAGUGUUAAAAUUGGAUAUAUAAGUGUCCUAAACGGAAAGAUUACCCAAAAAGGUUUUAUUGACGAGUUUGAACAACUUGAAAAAUCUGGAGUAUUAUCAGAUUAUGAAAUAAUAAAGUUGAGUAAAGAUCAAUUUUUAAUACCAGGAUUUGUAGAUUGCCAUACACAUGCUCCACAAUUUCCAAACAUUGGCCUAGGACUAGAUAGACCACUGUUAGAGUGGUUAGCAAAGUACACUUUUCCGUUAGAAAAAAAGUACCAAGACACGGAAUUUGCUGCAAAAGUUUAUGACCAAGUUGUGCAAAGAUUAUUAAAGAAUGGCACCACAACUGCUUGUUAUUUUGGAUCCCUUCACAUGGAAGGAACUUUGGAACUAGUGAAGAGUGCAAUUAAUCAUCAGCAAAGGGCCCUGGUAGGCAAAGUUAGCAUGAACAAGAUAAAUGAAGCUGGGUAUUAUAAUGAUACUGAAAAAGAAUUAAAGGAAGUUGAAACAUUUGUACAAACAGUUAUAGCAUUAAAGAAUGAUUUGGUGGAGCCUGUUGUAACGCCAAGAUUUGCUCUUAGUUGUGACAAGAUACUUAUGGAUGGCCUAUCAAAAAUUGCUAAUAAAUACAAUUGCAGAAUUCAGAGUCAUUUAUCAGAGAAUCUACAGGAAAUAGAAUAUGUAUUAGAAACUAAUGACAAUUGCAAAUGUUACGGAGAUGUGUAUGAUAAAAGUGGAAUAUUGAACAACAGGUGCAUCAUGGCUCAUGCUGUACACUUGACAGACGAUGAGCUAAAAUUGUUACCGUCUCGAGGUGUUUCUGUAGCACAUUGUCCCGCAUCUAAUACACGUCUCAAAUCUGGUUUGUGUCCAGUCAGGAGACUUCUAAACGCUAGCAUUACUGUGGGAUUGGGAACAGAUGUAUCCGGAGGUGAUAACGCAACAAUCUUAGAUGCAAUACGUCGAUCAAUGGACGUCUCUACGUAUCUUGAGCUACAGGGCCAACCUAACUCGGCAUUGGAUUGGAAAGAAGCAUUUUAUCUAGCAACCUUAGGAGGUGCUGAAGCUCUAAACCUUGAUGAUAAAAUCGGCAACUUUGAAGUGGGCAAAGAUUUCGAUGCACUCCUCGUAGACGUGUAUGCCAAAGGUGGACAGAUUGAGAAGUACAAAGACACUCUUGAAACUACCAAUGAAGAGUACGCCAGUGACUUAUUACAAAGAUUCGUAUUUCUCGGAGACGAUAGGAAUAUUGUGCAAGUUUAUGUGAAAGGAGUAAAAGUUAAAGAUAAUCUCUAA